AAUAAAUAUGGAGGUCGAUGUGAAAGAACAACAGGUUGUCAAAUCUUUAAAUGAUCGUCGUGAUUACAGGUAUGUAAUGCCAAUUUCUAUCGUGUAUUUUCUUUGGGUUACUAAAGUGAUUGUUUAUUGUUUCUUUAAAAUGUCAUGCAGUAAUUUAAUGCAUCUUUGAGAAAUCCUUUUAGGACAGCACACCCUGCCAGUGCUGCCACUGCCACACGUGUUUAUAAAAUUUAUUGACUUAUUGUCAAUUAUUCGGUUUAUAUAAUUGCUUCACGGCUAAAGGUCCGACAACGCUUUAAAAGCUAACACUAAACUACUAAAGCCAACUCUAACCCUGAAAACUAACCCUAAUGGCCUAUUGGCCUAACCCAUAGCUUGAUUGGGUUCUGAUACCCAUCAGCUCAAGAUCUUCGGUGGAAAGCAUAGCCACUUGGCGUGGCACAAAGGAGUUUUUGGUGUUGAAAAAUUAAAAUGCAGUAGAUUGGCGGGCUGGCGGACUGUGUGUGUUUAAGAAAUUGUGUGCUUUUGGCGGUUUUUCUAAAGUUGUAAUUUUCCUGGCGUAAAUCUUUGGUGGGCGAAAAUGGAGAAAUCCAAUCAGGACCCAUAGUGGAAAGUAUGCUUUGGCUGCCGCAGGAGACUGCCGCAGUUGACAAGACCUGAUGCAUUCUAUCCUGUCGCAAUGCCAAUAAUAUGCUGCCGCAGGUAAAAAAAUUCAAAUGACUACACACAAUACCGCUGACCACUAAACAGUAAACAUUGAAGCCAUCACUCUUAAAAAAAGACAUGCUAUUAAAAUCAACACAGUUUUAUUGUCGAAUAAUUAAUAAUACAUCUUGAGAUGUGUUGGAAGGGUGGGUUGACUACAAAAUUUUUGUAGUUUGCUAUAACUACAACUACUUCAAAAAUAUGUAGUCAGCUACAACUAAUGCUGCUUUUGAACAAAGGUAGUUUGCUACUGACUACAGCUACUGCUUAAAAAAUGUAGCGAACUGUUUCGCUGCGCUAUAUUUUUAAAUUUUACUGUAUUUGGAGCAUCUAGUAACUCAAGCUGUAAUGUAAUCUAUAUGGCUAUAACAAAUCGACUUAUGAGUAGCAACAGUAAACACAAAGCAACAUUUUUGUAAGCACUACAGUGUUCAAAAGUGUAAAUUGAUUAUUGAGCAUUGAUUUUAAGCAAACUGUGUUUUUGCAAAUUUUAAAAAGUAGCGAAUAGCGAUUUGCUGUUUGAAAAGUAGUCAACUACUUUGGCUACUUUUAGGCAGAAUGUAGUUCACUAUAGCUACAGCUACUGUUUUCAAGAACUAGUCAAAAACUAUACUGGCUACUUGAAAAUUGUAGUUUGCUACAGUAGCGAACUAGUGAUAACUACUUCGCUACUACCCACCCUUGAUGUGUUGAUACAACACACCACUGGCGUGUCACCCAAAUUGUGCCGCAAGUAUUUUCUAAAAUAUUUCUGCCGCACUAUCAAUUUUACAGUUUUUCUGCUGCAAGAUUUUGCCGCAUCAGCAGUUUUUGGCCUUUGCCUGCCAUGGGAGAUCUCCUGUUAAAGUGCCCAACUUUCCACUAUUGACCCUAACAGGCCUAUAACCUAACCUAUUAAACCUAACCUAACCCAAAAGGGUAAAAACCACGAAGAAAAAAAAAUUAGUAAAAUAGACGCUUCGAUCUGCGAACUAGCUCAUACAAUGCGGGUGCCUAAACUAUAACACUACGGAGGAUUUGCUUGAAAUUAAAUUAAAUUUGCACGCUUUUAUUUUUAACGAGUUUUAAUGAUUAUGGAAAUGUCGGACCUAUAACCACUUUCUUAUAUAAACGUACGUAACCUACAGUAUGUAGGUGUUGUGUUAUUUGUCUGGUCACUGAAAACCUAGAGCUUUGGCUAAUACAGUAAAUAACCAGGGAUUAUUUCAGAAUAAAACCUGAAACUUGCCCACACAUAUCAACUAUCAUGAUCUUAACUGAUCAGGCCACUUAUUUGCAGGUCAAUCCUGGAACAAGCACAUAUACCACUUAACCACUCGACUACCUUGGAAUAUUAACAGUUCAUUAUCUACUGUUUCAAUUAUUACUGUUCAAAUUAUGUAAACAAAGCCUACGCAUGAGUAGAACCGGCUUGAAAACCACUUUAGACUUGAAUGCCAGUUGCAGUUUCUCCCAGCCUGCCCUGUGUGGAUAUACACCCAGAGUGACAUAAAAAAACAAUUAGUUUUUACCUGCUCACAUGAAUUACAUUUUAAAUCUUUGAUAUUUUCAAAUUAGAGUACUAAAGCUGGACAAUGGUUUAACUGCAUUAUUGAUAUCAGAUACAUUGAAGAAAAACAAGAGGAACAGUCAAACAACACCUGACCAACAGAUAAGUGGAACAGAUAAUGAGGAAAUUUUGAAUGAAGGUGACAGUGAUGGUGACAGUGAAAUGGAUGGUGAUGCCAGUGAAACUUAUGAUGAUAGUGACCAUGAUGAUGGUGAUGAAAGUGAUGGUGAUGAUGGUGAUGAAAGUGAUAGUGAUGAUGUUGGUGAACAUGGUGGUGAUGCCCAUGGUGAUAAGACAAAAGAUGAAGAAGACAUUAGAUCUUCUAAGAGAAUGUCCAUCAGAAGAGAAACGAAACUGGUGAGUAUUUUGAAAUGGCUGAAUGGUAACAGCCAGGACAAGUCAGUCUUGAAAUUUAUUAGGCAGCAAAACAUCAGGAAAAAUUUCUUUGUGACUGUGCAGAUUAGUAGUGGUUGCUUUUAAUGUAUUUGACAGGUCAAUUGACAUAUAAUUAUAAUUUAUAGGCAGCCGGUGCUCUCUGUGUUGGAGUUGGAAGUUUUAGUGAUCCAGAAGAAUUACCUGGUCUUGCUCAUUUCCUAGAACACAGUAAGUUCAUGUGCACAUGUUUAUUUGUUUUUUUGCCUGAUCUAACAAUGUGGUUAUAUUCAACCAACAGUGGUGUUCAUGGGAAGUGCAAAGUAUCCAGAUGAAAAUGCAUUUGAUGCAUUCAUCAAGAAACACGGAGGGAGUACAAAUGCUUUCACAGAUUGUCAAAGAGUAAGUAUGUUCCAACACUAUUCAGAAUAUUGGUGUUAAGACUACCAUGUAACUGUGCACACUAUAUGUUACUGGUGACAAUCGCACAUACUAUGAAUCAAUACAGCCUGUCAUAGGGAGUGAUGAGUCUAACUGAGCUCUGAAGCAGUCUGCAGUAGUGGCUAGGGUGGCAUGUCAUCCAGGGGGUUUGAAACCAAAAUUUGUUGAAGGAUGGAUGAGCACCUUGUGAGCUGUCAGCCAACGUACAGUUGUUGUUAGUCUGACACCAGUUCUAGCCAGCAUUGUUUCUGAGACCGUCUACUGUAUUCUACAUUCACAAUGUUGAUCAGUUCAAAACUUUGCUCCAAGGGAUGCUGCCUUGCGUUCAGGGGCGAAACUUGGGGUAUGGGGGAGAGGGUGUGGCACCCCCUCCCAAAUACGAAUCAUCCCGAUUGGCAGGGCAAUCGAAGAUUAUGAUAGAAUGUAGAGUUAUUAGGCAACUUAUUACAGCUAGCAAACAAUAAGCAGUUCGUAUGCAUGCAUGUACAUUGGCAUCGGCAGUUCAAUUAUACACGUAGUGUAGUGAUGUAUUGUAUUAGCGCCGGCGCUUCAGGGCAUCAUUGGUUUUGGCAGAGCAUCAUUGGUUUUGGCAGGGCAUCAUUGGUUUUGGUAGGACAAUGCUGCUAGACACCCCCUUGGCCCUAAUUAAAAGGGGCUAGUUUCGCCCUUGCUUGCGUUGCACAGCCUCACACAGUUUAGUUCUUCAUUUGAUGUGUUUAAUUUUUUUUAAUCUAGUAACUUAAGGCCAAAGAAAAAGUAUUCUGUUUUUGGUCAGCGUAGCGCGCACGCGUCCUCUUUGACUAUGCGCGUCAACGUUUUUUUUCAUAAAAAUACCUGAACAUUUAAUAUUAUUCUAUAAUAGUUCUCAUUAAAGGGGCAGUAUGAUCAAAAUUUUUAAUUUCUUAAACGAAAGUGCACGUAAAACUGUAUAAUAACUUGUUUUGAAGAUUUUUGUUCCCAUGCUUAGUUCUUGAGAUAUUUCAUUUUGUUUGUAACCAUGUGACGUCAUUUACUCAAUUACAUAUGUAAUGAUAUAUCAGUAAUUGUUGUGUAUCUUUGCUAUUUUUAUCAAAAUAUUUCGCGUGGCGCGUUUGUUAAUUUAACCUGCAUCAUUAAGCAUACUGUGUUUUUUAACAAAUCGAUCAAAAAUAGCAAAGAUACACAACAAUUACUGAUAUCCCAUUAUAUAUGUAAUUGAGUAAAUGACAUCACAUGGUUACAAGCAAAAGAAAUAUCUGAAGAACUAAGCAUGAGAACAAAAAUCUUCAAAACAAGUUAUUAUACAGUUUUACGAGCAUUUUCGUUUAAGCUUUGGUUUAAGAGAAUAAAAAUUUUGAUCAUACUGCCCCUUUAAACAUGUAAACUUGGUGACAGUUUAACUUUAAGCAUAAAAAAAUAAUGUAUGCACUUAUAAAAAUAGGUACGCGCUGCGUACAUGUGGGUAGCCUGCAUUAAUUGUUGUUAAAGCUGGAGUAAUACGCGCAACAAAAUUGCUGCAACAAAAUUGCUGCAACAAAAUUUCUGCAACAAAAUCUGAUUUCAACGCAUUUUAAAGUAGAAAUGCUGACAAAACAUUUCAAUUGCAAUUUUGUUGCCCAUAUUAGUAUAUUACUCCACAUUAAUUGCUAUUGUCAAAUUCCGAAUUUACUGAAUGAAAGUAUUAAGUAAAUUGAACACAGUUCAAAUAUUACACACACAUUUAAUCACAUACUGAACAUCAGAUAUGAUAAAAAUACGUAAACGACUGUUACGUGCAUUUUUCAAUAAGCAUGAACAGAUAUAAGAAGUUGCAUAGUAUUUUAAUGUGUCAAAAAUAAUUUGCACACUGAACAGACAGAACAGUACAAGAUGUAUACGAAACAAAAUACUUCAGACGCCGAAAUACAGACAGUACGAAAAACACUUAAGACAAGAACAGUUCUUGUUCAAGGACAGCAUGCAUCAAAGACAAAGGAUCAAGUUUACAGGCUGCGUAUAUACAAUUUUCGUGAAGUUUGAGUUUCAAGGAUAGUCCAUGCAAAGAUCUAAGGACGAUGUUUUCCGGCGGAAUUGAAAAAGAUCAACAUAUUCUUUAUUUAGUGAUGAUUGAAUUAAUUAAACAACGACAUAAUCGAUUCCAUAAUCAUAUAUAUUCGUAAUGACAUUCAACUUGCUUUCAAUAUUCGACAAAUAUAUCCCAAAGACUUCGUGCGCUAAUAUUCCACUGCCUAAUCCUUGUGUAAACCGUGCUUGGCUUUCUAUUUGCCUUAAUUUACACAUUCGACUAACCCGAUUCGAAUGACACUGGCCUUACAAACAUUAUGUAAGCAACGACAUACUCGAUUCUAUAUACCAUUAUAUGUUCGUCAACAUUCCUUCGAUAUAGACUAACGUAAAUAUGUCCAAUCGUCGCGCGCUAUAUCAUUAAUUACUAUAUUUUUAUAAUACGUAUAAAAUGUUUGAUCAUGAAACCACGGUAUCAAACUGAUAUGUCGUGUUUAAAUAUGACAUUACACGAUAUAAAACAGAUUCCGUGCGCUAAUAUUAACCCCAAUGACCCUUGUACAAGCUGUGAUUAUAAAAACAACGACAUAUUCAAUUCUAUAUGCGUUGGAAAUGACUAUCGACCUGACAAAACAUAUUACAAUAAAGACUUUACUAAGAAUUUAUACACAUCGCUGUACAGUAUGAGCGUUAGUGAACUUAGCCUAUGGUCUAUAGACGGUUCGUAUUUCAAGGAUAAAAGGAACCGCGCAGCAGGACACCGCGGACACGAAGGCUACAGAGCCACAGAGCCACGGAAGAUCGCGCUUCAGUCUCUCACAUAGUGGUUAACUGCGCAUGCGCGGCUACCCACAAAAACUAGAAAUGUACUCACUAUAUUAGUUCUGAAAAAAGCUUUCUUUUGGAAAACGUCAAUUUUGGACAGACAAACUGAUCAGAAACAAUACUUUUCCCCCAAACUCUUUUGAAACGUUAGGUUUCUUAACGCGUUUUUUGUGUUUUGCGUGUUUUGUUCCAUUAAUUUGCUGCAAUGUAAUUAAGCGGCUGUAAUGUAUAUUUUACAAUAUACAGUAGGCCUAUUUGCAUAUUUGCAUGCAAAGUGACGUACAGUGUACUUUUAGGAAGGGUGUAUUGAUUGAAAUUUAUUCUUAUAAAUUAUUCAUUUUCAGACAGUUUUCAAAUUUGAAGUCCGUCCCAAAUACUUGAAAGAAUCUUUGGACAGGUAUCAUGACUUGCGUUGAUAUUUAAUGAUUGUUGUAUUGCUAUAACACUGAUAAAUAUUACUUUACAAACGUUUACUAUAUACUGUCAUUUUGAUUUAGGUUUGCCCAGUUCUUUGUUUCUCCAUUGAUGAAAAAAGGCAGUAUGGAACGUGAAAUUAAAGCAGUGGAUAGUGGUAACUAUGUUAUUUUCUGCAUCUAUUUCUGUGAGCACUGCUGUUAAAGGAGUUUUAAUGCAUUAUUUUAAAUGAAAAUUGCUACUUAUAGAAUUUAGAAUGAGCUAUCAAGAUGACAAUUCAAGAAAAAUGCAACUUUUUGGUAGUCUGACAACUGAAGCUGGUCAUCCGUUUGGAAAAUUUCUUUGGGGUUAGUUGUUUUUCAUUCCAUUGUGAUAUAUCAAGCUAUUAAAUAAAAAGAUUGCGGAUAAAAAUCCUUAACAUGUGCGUGAAUGGAUGCCCAACGAACCGGACUCCAUUUAUAGUACUUUGCCCGACGAACUGGAAAUUGAAUGCCGAUUUACACCUUAGCUGUAGAACAAAGUAACGCUAUUUAUGCCUAAAGUACAUACUGUGAGGCAUAUGCUAGGGGUUUGUACUCUUCAAAAUCCAUAGUAGAGAGUAUGAGCAAGACAACGAAUUACGACGACGAAUUACGUACAAUCUUCUCCCGUCUGCGCAUUAUCUUGCGCAUAGUGAGUUUCCCACACUCAAUCUUACAGAACACCGCGGAAAAACGUCUGCGCAUGCACCAAAUUAUGAAAAUAUGGCUUGGAAUUUGAAUAUCAAUUUCUGAAACAAAAACAUGCUUAUUAAUUGGUCAAAAAUUAGUAAAACAAACGAGAAAAUAUAGCAAAUGGGUAGACUAGACAUUAAUUGAAAGCGUCCUGGCAUUUAAAGUAUGGAAUGAAAUAUAAUUCAUGUAAAAAAAUGUUGAUUUUAACGGACACGACUUCGAAAAUUUUUACAAAAUUAUUCAAAACAAAAAUUCAAACUAAAAAGUUAAGAAAACUCUCGAAAAGUUAAGCUUCUUAACCCACUCAAAUUGUAGAAUAAAUCCUAAAGUUUAAUUAUUGUGAACACGCAAAUUUUUUAUAUUUGGCGACACAGUUUUUUUUAAAGAAAUGUAUCUCAAACGAAAAUUCGGAAAUUGUCAUUGCUUAGUUGAUAAACAAAAUGUUUCAGACGAUAAAUUUGUCAACAAUCACCUUUAGUUCAUGUUUUUGUACAAUACAAUUUCUUUAACCUUCUGGCUGUAUUUCUAGUUUUUAGAAUGACAUGUUUAUUUUUGCGCUUGAAAUCUGGCUGUAAAGACGCACAAUGAAGUCACUCCUUUUUACCGCCAUUUUGAGCCUUCGAAAACGUUCGGAACAGCUUCUCAUCAAGUUCGCAAUACUAUUACAGGUAAGGUUGACGCAUGCGCAGACGUUUUUCCGCUGUGUUAGUAAGUCAAGACUAUUUUAUUGAUUUUUAUUCUAAAAGACCUAAAACUGUCUAAAAGACCUAAAAGAUAGUAAGAUUUUAAAUUCUUGUACAUUCUAGGAAAUGAAGAAUCACUAAGUACAAACCCUCAAAAGUGGGUAAGAAAAUAAACUAAAUAUCUAUACUACUGUAGUCACACGUAUCGUAUACUACACGCAUCAUGUCCUCGAAGACAUUUCCAAAUUUCAAAAUCCGCCAUUUUGGGGCUACUGUAUGUCUUCCUUCGUCAAAGAAUCUAGGAAAAUCAAACCAGAAUGAAACCAGAAUUGUCAAUUGUACUUAAGAAUCGGCCAAAUGAGUAAGGAGGCGUAUUAAACUGUUUUAAAAAGGAUUUUUCCUGCAUAAUAAUGUCAGUAAGAUUCAGUUUCUCUUGCGUUUUUCUUCAAAGGGAAUUGACAUCAACAACGCUUUACAGUUAUUUUGGAAGAAAAUGUAUUCAUCACAUCAAAUGACAUUGGCUGUCAUUUCUAAUGGUAAUAACUAUAUAAGUUAUACUGUACGUCGGUACUUCGGUAUUUCCUCUAAGUGACAGCGGUUUGUAUAAAUAGGAGAUCGGAAAAAUUACAUGUUCCAUAUACUGUACUAGUUAAUAUAUAUAUUUAGUAUUUUUGCACAACUGAACAUAACAAAUCCUACACGUUGAUUGGUCAAAUUUGACGUAUUAAGUUAGAGUUAUAAACCGAGAAGGAGGUUUAUAAUUGAUAUAUAAUAUAGCCCCCGAGGACGCGCAGCGUCCGAGGGCAAUAUAUCAGUUAUAAACCGACUUUCGAGGUUUAUAACUAACUUAUAUCUCAUUUGUGGAGGUUUUCUAACAUAUUUUGUCAUUUUCAAAAAUUUUGGAUGAAAAAUUCUCGCGUUUUGUCGAAAAGUUUGAUGUAAUUAUUUAUUCAAGGUACAGUAUAUUAGCUAGUUAUAAACCUCGGACGAUCAAAGAAAACCGACACAAAUGAGAUAUAAGCUGCUAUAUUCACCUACUGUACAGGUGAAUAUAACAAAACCGAAAUUUUCAAAAUGGCGGCUAGUUGUUUUAUGGAAGUAAUACUGAUAAAGAAAUAAGCAAAAUUAAAAUAAAUUCAGUCCCCAAAACACAAAAGACUUGUGUAAAAAUACUAAAACAAUCAUUCGCCUCAGGCUCGGUGAUUAUCGGGGAAUAUUCACCUCGACUUCGUCUCGGCGAAAUUUCCCCGAUAAUCACUUCGGCGAAUAAUUGUUAAAUAUAUAGAAGUGAUCACGUGACAAAAAUAAACCAAUCACUCAGAUGGACUUAGUCAAUACAAUGUUAUAAGUACCCUUUUUCCCGAUAAAACAAUGGAAAUGUGCCCGUGUAGUUGUAGGGAAGGCUAGCGAAGAAGCUAGCGAAGAGUUAAGCCAGGCCUGUAACAACAACAUGGCCACGUUAUAUUUAGCUCCGUUGAAAUCAACAUUAUUAAUACUUUUAAUAACUUCUUUGGAAUCGUGGUACGGUUUAAAAUACCCUAGAUCUAUCACAGAACCUUUCAGGGAUGUCGAAACUACAAAUUCAACGGCGCAUCAGCAACUAUUCUUGCCUUUUUCAAAUUCUUUAAUGACAGCGAAGCGAAUGUCGAAUAAAUCGAAGCUUCGAUGCAGACAGUUCAGAUGGCAUAAACAUGGCUAUAUUAGCCUAGCUGUACCCGACUCGGAACCUGUUAUCAAUAUAACCAUAUACAUGGACAUUUCGCUUAAUCCUGGCCCAGAAACUGGGAAUGACACAGUAUGUAAUUUAAGUUUGAACGGAAGAAAGACGGCAUCUUGUAUUCAACCGCAGCAUGCUGUUGGUAGCCGCUUAUCUUUCUCUCCGGACAUGUCGACGAGCUUACGCCGUAACUUGGAGUGUCGUACACACAUGGCUUGCUCCCAAUUCCUGACAGACCUCGAGAAUUCAGGCUUAUUGCAUUGUUAUGGGAAGGCUGGGAGACAACAAGAAAAUAUACUAUCUGAUUAUAAAAAGAACAACAUUGAGACCCUCGUCACGCAUCGACCACCAUGCAAAUCUGCAUAUGCACAGAAUAGAACAGUAAAUGAAAACAACAUAAUAAACAUAACACUGCUCCCUGAUACUCACGCUGCAGAUAUUAACAACAAUAGGAUCGGUGAACUGUUUACACUAUGUGUACUUAAUGCACAGUCACUUAACAACAAGGCUGCUCAAUUUAUCGACUAUGUUGUUGAUUGCAAAGCAGAUAUUGUAUCACUCACUGAAACUUGGUUUACAAACACUGAGUCGGCUACUAGAGUAUUGUGCACGCCAAAUGGAUACAAUCUCCUCGACCACCCCCGCUCUAAUCGUGUAGGUGGUGGGACAGGAAUUUUAUUUAAGGAGAAUAUUACUGUCAAAAAACUGGCUGCUGGCGAACUUCGUUCCUUUGAAUACUCUGAAUGGAGCGUUGUUAAUGGAUCUCGCCGCCUACAUUUAAUAAUUGUGUAUCGACCACCGUACUCAGACGCUCAUCCGGUGACUACAAGUGUAUUUUUCUCCGAGUUUACCAACUUCUUGGAAUCAAUUACCUUUGUCCAACGACCCUCUCCUAAUAACGGGUGA